AUGUGGUGGGCCAAGGUAGGUGCAAAGAGAGAGGCUCUACAGCGACUCACGCCUCCUGCAGAUCGAAAGGCUUUGCGUAGGUUCCUCAGUAUAACAGAAUUCUACCGAAGGUUUUGCAAGAACUAUGCGCAAGUGUCGCUUCCUUUGACAGACUUAGUCAGCCCAAAAAGGAGAUAUUUGUGGACAAAAGCAUGUCAGGUUGCAUUUGAAACCCUUAAGCAUCUAUUAACCUCCAGUCCAGUGUUAAAAGUGCCAGAUUUGGACAAUCCUUUUGUGAUUCAAGAUGAUGCCUGUGAUGUGGGUGCUGUGUUGCUAGAGUUGAAAAAGGUAUACUACACCCAGUUUGCUUCCACAGUGUGA